CACAUCACUAUUGAAAACAAACUACAAUAAUAAAAUAAAAUAAAGUAACUUAAUUAAUGCAUUUGUAUAUUUUUGAUACGACCAUACGUGUAGGGUUAUAUUUUAGGCGGGCUAAAUCCUAGUUAUACAUAAGCAGCAUGGAAAUUGGCAACGACCAGUCCUAUAAGGACUUUUUUGACAAGUUGCGAAGUGAUUCGGGCCCCCGAAAUUUGCGCCAGAUCUUCGAGGACGACGAUCGUCCUUUGGAGAACGAAUCGCCUAGUUUGCGUUAUCAGCCGGGAAGUUCCAAGAAAUCACAAGGUACCCAAAAACCCACGAUUGCCAGGAGUAGUACUAUGGAUACGGGUGAUCCUUACAUUUCCACAUGGAAAACGGUGAUUGCCCAUGUGGUACAUGCCUAUCAAGGGAACGAGACCUUGGGUCGAGUAGGAUUUGCUCUAUCGAUUUUGGGUGAAAUGGAGGCUUCCAAAUUGAUUGUCUAUAAGAGCAAAAACCAAGUGCUGACCACCCUGCAACUGACACCUCGUGGCGGUAAGGUGAUCCUGCGGGAGACCUACCUGCAGUUCUACGACGACGAGCAGCGUUUCUGGAGCCUACGAUUCGAAAGAGAAGCGGAUGAGCGCGAAUUUGUGCGGUAUAUGGUGAAGAACAAUCUGCCAAUAGAUCAGUUUCCCAGCGAGGUUUUGUCCUCCAGCUCGGGAUCACCUUCCUGUGAGGAUUUGUCCAAGUCCGGAGAGAAAUCUAGGAGUUCGAGGAUGAAGGAGACACCGGCCAAUCCUCCACAGCCACAGCCGCGUUUACGUGUGGGGAUUCCAUCUCUGGAGAAGCUGGGGAAUGAGGAACCCGAACUGGAACAGAGACGGGACCGAAGCCCCACAGACGAAGAUGUGAUAGUCACGCCACUGCCGCGACCCAUAGGCUCAUCAAAUACCCAAAAGAAACCUAGUGCUGCUGGCGCCCUGACAAUAGCCACUGCAGGAAAAACUCCGGAUAAUCCUCCGGCGGUAAAAGCAUUGGACAAAUACAUGGUCGAACAGCGAGCCUCAGGCUUGAUGAUGGAGCACAAGAUGGACGCCAUCCUGCAGGCCAUGAAUCGCAUGGGAAAGUCGGCCAUUCCAGUUGAAGCUCCUAGCGAUCCACUGCUCGAUCGCGACAGCGAGGAUGAGAUGCUGGAGCUGGAGCAGAAGCUGCUCAACUUUAAGCGGGAGAAUCGUGCCCUGAUGAGAAAUCUCAAGGCAAGGGAACAGGCCUUGGAGGAUCUACGCUGCUCCGCUUGCGCUCUUUGCGAGGAGCUGCUAGUCCAGAAUAGCGAUCUCAAGGAGCGGAAUGAACAGCUUUUGGCCAGCAAAGUUAACCGUGAUUUAAAUUCCGCAUCCGCAUGCCACAAUUGUGAGCAGUCUUCCAAGCAGAUAGCCAAAAUGCACCAACACAUUUCCGCGCUGCAGGAAGCCUUGCGCAUCUAUCAGAAAUCAGGGGACUCUAGCUCCGGUCGCUUAUAGUUGCUAUCCAAAUUAAUUUGUUUUGUAUUGUUACCUAAAAUGUAUUAUAACGCGUGUGAGGGUUCCAAACAUAUCCAUAAAUACAAGCCAGACACUACCAGCUUUCUUUA